GGGGUAAUGCUGAGGAAGUGCAUUGGUUUGGAGCUUCUGGCUAACAGUGUCAUGUCGAGUCAGGCAGAUUGGGUUACACUCUAUCUGAUGGAAUAAAUUCUGAAUCUAUCAUGCAGACGAGACUGACAUAAACCAGGAGUCAGAGUGCUGGGUCCCUAUGGCUGUGUAUGAUGAAAAUAUUCUGAAGAACCCAUUUUACCUGGCACUGGAGAAGCAAAGACCAGACCUGUGUACACGAGUGGCAGAAGUUCAUGGCGUUGUCUUGGUUCCAUGUAGUGAAAGUUUAACAGCUAGUUCGUACACAGCAGAACAGUUUGAGAGCUAUGUCCUUCUGCCUGCAGAACUAGGCUUCCAGACAGUUGAUGGGAAGGAGGUGUCGAUAGAAAACAACCAGGUACAUUUGCUGACUGGGUUUGUGAGUCCUGCUUCAGUCCCUAUUUUGUUUGAGGAGACAUUCUACAAUGAAAAGGAGCAGGCUUACAGUAUCCUGUGUAUCACUCGACCGAUCGACUCUGAUCCGAGCGCAGUUAAGCUGAGUCCUGCCCCUUCACACUACUGCCUGAAGAAUGUGGAGGAGGCAAAGGACUUCCUGGGUCGCCAUGCAGAGAAACUGAAUAAAUUCAUUGCUUCCUUCUGCCAGUCCUUCAAAGAGCAGGAACGGAAGGGUCUGCGCCAUCACAUAGAUGCUGUGCAUGCUCUGUAUACAAAAUGUCUUCAAUGCUUGCUGAGAGAUUCACGUCUGAAGGUGCUGACCAGGCAGGAGCUUCAGAUGACCCUUCUCAAACAAGCAGUGGAGAUGUACAUACAUAAUGAUAUCCAUGAUCUCCUCUUCAGUUAUGUAGGAACUCUUGAAGCAACUCAGGAUGCUGCAUUCAAUAAAACAACAAGAGGGCUGCAGGAGCUGCAGCAGAAAGAUCUUGGAGUCAAGUCAGAGUUCAGUAUAAAUAUUCCUCGUGCAAAGAGGGAAUUAAGCCAGCUUAAUUGCUGCAGCUCUCCUCAGCAGAAGCUGCUCUGCCUCAGGAAGGUUGUCUUCACCAUCAUGCAGUCACCCAGCCGCAAAGUGAACCUGGAGGCUGUAUGCGCAGAUGAUCUUCUUUCAGUUAUUCUGUAUCUACUGGUCAAAACUGAGAUUCCUAAUUGGAUGGCAAAUCUCAGUUACGUUAAAAACUUCCAUUUCUGCAACUCCACCAAGGAUGACCUGAGUUACUGCAUGACAUCAUUUGAGGCAGCUGUGGAGUACAUUAGCCAAGGAAACCUUAAUCAAGGGCCGACGGGCUCAGGAGAGCUGCAUGACAAAUUGUUCUUCAGGCAAAAGAUGAAUCUUCUUUCUCAAACGUCUUCUACACCGAUAGACUGUUUGUUUGAGCAUAUAGCAAAUGGGAACAAGACAGAAGUCCAGCGGCUGCUAAGUGAAGGCGAGAUUGAGGAAGACAGGAGACAGUUGUGUCAUCCCCUGUGCUCCUGUGAUGCAUGUGACCUGCAUUUGUCAGGGAGAUUAAACGACCCAUCUGUAGUAACUUCAUGUUCACGGGAUGACCGAGGCUACACUCCACUUCAUGUUGCUGCUAUAUGUGGUCAGGCUCUGCUGGUUGACCUGCUGGUGUCAAAGGGAGCAGCAGUGAAUGCCACAGACUACCACGGCCUCACAGCUCUGCACCUCUCCUGCCAGAAGGGCUUUCAGAGUGUCACGCUGCUGCUGUUGCACUAUAAAGCAAACACAGAUGCUCAGGACAACAAUGGGAACACUCCUCUUCACUUGGCUUGCAUGUAUGGCCACGAGGAUUGUGUAAAGGCACUGGUUUACUACGACCUGCACACAUGCCAACUGAACGUGCAGAAUGAUAAGGGGGAUACGGCACUGCACAUUGCGGCUCGCUGGGGUUACGAAGGCAUCAUGGAGGUGCUACUGGAGAACGGUGCCUCCACUCUCCUCCACAACAAGUCCAAUCAGAGCCCACUGCACUGCGCACUUAACUCCAGGGUUCUGUCCUUGCUGGAACGCACAUAUGAUAGUGCCAGUAAAAAGGAUCCCAGUCAUUCUCCGCAGCCAGAGGACAGCAGCAGCAGACGCAACUCUGUGUCCAGUACGUCAUCAUUCAUCUUUGUGGAAACCAGACCAGGUCUGAGUUCAGUUCUGAGCACUCGGAUGAAGGAGGUGGAGAAGUUACUGCGAGCAGUGGCAGAUGGAGAUGUGGAAAUGGUUCGCUACCUGUUGGAGUGGCUAGACGAAGAGCUGGAGGAUGAAGAAAAAAACAAUUUGCCUGCAAAAACAGAACUGUGCCACCCUCUGUGCCAGUGUCCAAAGUGUGAACCUACACAAAAGUUAUGCACUCUGCAGACGGACCGGUUGGGGGUGAACAGCAGCAACGCAGAUGGUUUCACUCCGCUGCAUGUGGCAGCACUGCACGGACACACAGUACUUGUCUCUAUGCUCAUCCGCCAUGGAGCCAACAUCAACGCCUGUAACAGCCUGAAUGCCACUCCACUCCAUCUGGCCUGCCAGAACAGCCACACACAGGUGGUGAGCUCUCUGGUGGAGUGCAAUGCCAAGCUAAAUAAGAAGGAUCAGUUUGGGAACACUCCCCUGAUCCAAGCCUGUUUAAAGGGAAAUGAGGAGAUAGUAGCAGUGCUAAUGGAGAGUGCUGCUUCAUUGAACCUGGCCAAUAAUCAGGGUAACACAGCUCUACAUGAGGCAGUGAGAGGAGGACACCAGACUCUAGUGGAACUGUUGCUACAAGCUGGGGCUCUUACACACCUCAGGAACAAGAGACAGCGCACUGCAAUGGACUGUGCUCAAGAGACUAACACCUCGAUUCUUAGGAUUCUAGAGAAAGCCUGUGUAUCCAGUCUUGAUGCUGAUUCAGUAAAACAGUUCUGUAUAGGCCAAAAACAUCUUGGAAAAUCGCCCUCUGUUGUCCAACACAGUCCUGUUAUGCAAAGAACACAGCAGAUGAAUAAAUCACAAGACAGUACCAUCCAUCUCUCGACCGAAUCUCCAAAUAAGGGCUCAGAUGACCGGAGUUAUAGAAGACGGCUACGUCGUGGAGAAACUGUUGACGGCUUCAUCCAUCCGCCUGAAAACUCCAAGGCCAAACUGAACCAUGCCAAAUACUUAAGCCGCAGUCACACUAUACAUCAGGACCUGACCUGCAGAUCUCGUAAGGACCUGGAACACACACAGUGUUGCUCAACUACAACCAAAAUGACUGACAGUGGAGCAAAUGACCAUUCUAUUAAUCUCUCCCAUGAACCUGAGCAGAUAAUUGAGAUGACUGAGGAGAACAUGCAAUCUAAUUUAGAAGAGGAGGAGAACAAGGACAAAAACUUGCAUUGGGUUUCCACAGAGAUGGAUGAUCUCGUGCUCUAAGGACUUCACUGGCUGCUCUGACUGUAAAUACGAGUUUACUAAAGGUUAUGCAUUUGGCUCUGCAUUCAACUGACCAGGAUUAAUGUUCUUGCUUAGGUUUGUGAUACUACACUCACCUGAGCCACUGACACGAACAGCUGAACCGAACUUGUUUUAAACAGUCUAAAGCGUCAAUUCAGUGAAAUGACAAUGGCACACAACAUUAAUAAAACUACUAGGGGUUGAGAGAA